CCUAUACUCAUGAACGCAACAGCCAUCAUAUGUCCAACAUGGCGACAUACGUGGUCGCCUGUUCAUCUACUAGAAGCCUUACUAAGUUUGUUUUGACGCCGGUGGUACGAAAUUACUCAAAGCAGAAUGUGUGUUUAAUACGUCUCCCUCGCUUUUCUCAUCGGAGCAGCUUGUAUGAGCAUGUUCGUGAAGGGUAUAGUGACAAGCCGCAGCUAGACAUGAGAGCAGUGUGCGACGAGACCGACAAAGUCAUCGCCGAUGUAGAGAGCAGGAAGGGCGAGCUGUGCGGCGAAGAUGUCAGGGAAAUUGUGUGUGUGUGGCAGCAGCUCCAGGCAGUACGAACGGAAAUCUCGGAGCUGGAGCAGCAGAAGCAGUACAUAAGUGGAACCGUCAGAGCCUUAGUGGCAAAACACAGAAAGAAAGCUCUCGCCAAUCUUCCAGAGUACAACCAGGCACUGCUGAAAGGUCGAGAGGUCCGUAAAAGACUCAACAAUCUCUAUCCCAGAGAGACUCAGCUGGAUCAGGAACACUAUAGCCGAGCACUUCGUCUGCCCAACUCCACACACCCAGAUGUUCCCAUUGGAGAUGAGAGCCAAGCGAGGGUAGUGGAGCUGGUUGGUCAGAAACCUGAAUUUGACUUUAAGCCCAGAGGCCAUGUCGAACUGGGGGAGCAGUUGGGUGGUCUCAUCAGACAGAGGCAUCUUGCUCAUGUCUCAGGUCACAGAUCUUACUAUCUGAGAGGAGCAGGGGCCAGACUUCAGACUGCGCUCCAAAACUAUGCACUCGACACACUGCAACGCCAUAGCUUCAUUCCCAUGGUUGUACCUGACAUGCUCAAGGGUGCUGUGUUUGAGGGAUGUGGCAUGCAGCCUAAUGCCCAUCGCUCUCAGGUCUACUCACUGGACCCAGCUCGUUUCCCGGACCUAAACCUGGCUGGGACUGGAGAAGUUGGAGUGGCAGGUUAUUUCAUGGAUCAUGCAGUUAAUUUUAAGGAUCUACCUGUCAGGACAGUGUGCAGCAGUACAUGUUACAGAGCAGAGACAGACACGGGGAGAGAGACCUGGGGCCUCUAUAGAGUUCAUCACUUUAAUAAGGUAGAGAUGUUUGGAGUGACGGCAAACGAGACAGGGGAGGAGAGCGCGCAGCUCUUAGAGGAGUUUGUUUCCAUGCAAAAAGAAAUAUUUUCUGCACUCGAACUACACUACCGUGUGUUGGACAUGCCAACACAGGAGUUGGGUCCUCCAGCAUAUAGAAAGUAUGACAUUGAAGCAUGGAUGCCUGGGAGGAACAGUUAUGGCGAGAUUUCUAGUGGGUCAAACUGUACCGACUACCAGAGCAGACGCCUCAACAUCCUGUACGAGAGAGAGGAUGGCAGCCUGCAGUACGCCCACACAGUGAAUGCUACAGCAUGCGCCAUACCCAGGACAAUCAUUGCCAUCCUGGAGACUCACCAAACCAAAGAAGGAUCAGUGCGUGUCCCCAGAGCCUUGCAACCAUAUUUGGGUCUUGAAGUGAUUGAGAAGCCAAAGUGCACUCCUCUGAAAUACAUUGGUCCCAACCAACCGAGUCGCCCACCCAGGCCUACUCCCACAAUUAAGUGACAUCAGCGUUGAGAAAACCAAGAAACGGUGUUAUAAAAACUAGGACUGUAUAAUAUCCAACACUGAAUGACUCUAAGAGCUGGUUCACAUUUAUGAUAAAUGCUUUGGAUUUACUGUAUGCAGUGGUGGGCCUUUAGUGGAGUUUUACCCAACUAAAGCCACCAUUUAAUACCACCGCUAUCAUGUCGCAACAAUAUAAACCAUCAAUAGGAUACAAAAAUGCAAUAUAACAGCAUGCAACUGCCUUUGCAUCGUCUGGAGCAGUUCAAAGUCAGUAUUUUAGCUAAGCUUUUAAAAAAAUAUUUAAAUAAAACAUACUCAUUAGA